CCUCUCCCUUCGUCCAAUCAGGCUGGUAGAUAAUACUGUACUCGUCGCCACACGGCAGCCUCUCACUCAGGUAGACGGACCCACAGCUGCACCAAGUGUUGUCUCCUCCCAGCCCACCCCCACCAGCCAAUCAGAAUGGAGGUGAACAGUACGGCCACCAUCUUGUCCUCUGCCUUCCUGGCCGUGGAAUAUGUUGAUGCUGUUUUACCUGACAACCCUCUUCAGCCUUCACUACAAUACGCCUGGGGGUAUGUGAAUGAGAACUACACCAAAUUCCAGAUCGCCACCUGGGGUUCUCUCAUCGUCCACGAGGCCAUCUACUUCCUGUUUUGUCUACCUGGUUUCCUGUUUCAGUUCCUUCCCUUCAUGCAGAAGUACAAGAUCCAACAGGACAAGCCAGAGACGUGGGAGAAACAGUGGAGGUGUUUCAAGAUGCUGCUGUUCAACCACUUCUGUAUCCAGCUGCCCAUGAUCUGUGGAACGUACCACUUCACUGAGUUCUUCAGCAUCCCCUACGACUGGGACAGCAUGCCACGAUGGCCCUACCUGUUAGCUCAGUGUCUAGGCUGUGCUGUGAUAGAGGACACCUGGCACUAUUUCCUCCAUCGCCUGCUACAUCACCGCAGUAUCUACAAGCACAUCCACAAAGUGCACCACGAGUUCACUGCCCCAUUUGGCAUGCAGGCAGAGUACGCCCACCCAGCUGAGACAGUGAUCCUUGGGUCUGGGUUCUUCAUCGGCAUCAUGGUGUUCUGUAACCACGUGACGUUGUUAUGGGCCUGGGUCGCCUUCCGCCUGCUGGAGACCAUCGACGUACACAGUGGGUAUGACAUCCCUCUCAACCCUCUCCACCUGAUUCCGUUCUAUGCCGGAGCUCGUUUCCAUGACUUCCACCAUAUGAACUUCGUAGGGAACUACGCAUCCACCUUUACCUGGUGGGACAAGAUACUGCACACUGACUCCCAGUACAACAGACACAUGAUGAGCAAGAAGAACCAGUAAACAGACACGGACACACGGACACGGACGGUCACGCACACACGGACGGACGCAAAUACUCACACACACAGACACACACACAGACACACACAUGCACUUAUGAAUGCACGCUUAAACACACUUCAUGAAGGUCAGAACUGGACUCCUGAGUGUGCAAUGCCUUGUGGGAAAAGAACACACUAAAAUAGAGUAGAACAGUCUUGACCAGUAACAUCAGCCCUUGUCUGGUCUUGACCAAUAACAUCAGCCCUUGUCUGGUCUUGACCAAUAACACCAGCCCUUGUUUGGUCUUGACCAAUAACACCAGCGCUUGUUUGGUCUUGACCGAUAACAUCGGCCCUUGUUUGGUCUUGACCAAUAACAUCAGCCCUUGUUUGGUCUUGACCAAUAACAUCCAGGGUUGGGGUCAAAUGCCAUUUCAAUUCCAGUCAAUUCAGGAAGUACACAAACAUUCCAAUUCUAAUUCUCUUCAAUACUUGUAAAUGAGGGACAUUUAGAAUUUGAAUCGGAGUUUGAUUCUCUUUUUGAUUCGUCUGGAAUUGACCCUGAUAACAUCAGGCAUGUUGGAGGUCUUCAGGCUGGGUUUCUAUAUAAGCACUUUGUGACAUCUGCUCAUGCUUUAUAAAUACAUUUGAUUGAUUGAUUGAUUGGCUGGUCUUGACCAAUAGCAUCAGGCCGUUGUUUGGUCUUGACCAAUAGCAUCAGGCCAUUGUUUGGUCUUGACCAAUAGCAUCAGGCCGUGUCUGGUCUUGACCAAUAGCAUCAGGCCAUUGUUUGGUCUUGACCAAUAGCAUCAGGCCGUUGUUUGGUCUUGACCAAUAGCAUCAGGCCGUUGUUUGGUCUUGACCAAUAGCAUCAGGCCAUUGUUUGGUCUUGACCAAUAGCAUCAGGCCGUUGUUUGGUCUUGACCAAUAGCAUCAGGCCGUUGUUUGGUCUUGACCAAUAGCAUCAGGCCGUUGUUUGGUCUUGACCAAUAGCAUCAGGCCAUUGUUUGGUCUUGACCAAUAGCAUCAGGCCGUUGUUCCUGAAUAAAAACAUCCUGGUGAGAUGAUUAUUAUUGAUAAUGUGUUUUUCUUCACUGUUCAUUGUAAUUAAACCAUUUUUUUACGA